CCUCUCGUCAGCUGUGCCAGAGCCACAACACUCAGGGCACUGCUGUCCCCUCCGCCACUCACAUCUGGACAUGCUUGCGGGCCAGGAAUCCACUGCAAUGGAUUGGUGGAGGGACAAAUUCUGGAUCAUCUUGGCUGCGGCCAUCAUCACGGUCUCUGUGGUCCUGGGCCUCGUACUGUACUGUGUCUGUAGGCGGCUGCUCAGACAAGGAAAGAAAUUGGAAAUUGCUAAACCCUUGAAACAAAUACAUAAAGAUGAAGAAAUGAUGUAUGAGAAUGUUGUCGAUCAAUUACCCCCUCUGCCACCCAGAGGUUUGCUGCUUCAACAAGAUGCCGCCCCAAAGGAAACCCCAAGUGAGUCUCCAGCAUACUCAUUGGUAAAUAAAGAUAGAAAUAUGAAGACGGUCUCCAUCCCCAGCUAUAUUGAACCUGAAUGUGACUAUGAUGAUGUUGAAAUACCUGCAGAUAUGAAAAAACAUCAUUUUGAAACAACCAUUUCUUCUUUUUGGUAAGCUGAAGAGGGUUCACAGAGUUUAUUUUAGAACCAUCAAGAAUGGUUGAACUUCUGUGUGUCCGCUCCGGGAAGAAGUGGUGACAUUAACAGGGCUCGGUGAGAGACACUCCCUGAACCUUUGAAGA